AUGGCUGAAGGCUCAGAAGAACAAGGCGACACCAAAAAUCUAGACAAUAUUGAGUCCAGUCGAGCUGGCACUGAGACAGGAGAUGAUGAUGAUACCGUCGAAACAGAAUCGGAGGAGGAUGAAGAGGAAGAGGAGGAAGAGCCCAAGCUAAAAUAUGCUCGAAUGACAAGCCAUCUUGGUCCAGUCUAUAGGAAUGGAGAUGCUACAAUUUAUUGGUACACACAAUGGGAAUAUUCUCGUAGUCCUGGAGCUCCAACACUGCAAAAAACUCCUUCCAACGCAAUCUACAUUGGCACAUCAUCUGUUGAUGGCAAGGUGUGCAUAGCAUCGCUCAUUGAUGUCAAGGAUGUACAACUAAGAGAUUUUGCAAGACCUGUCCAAGCUGUUAGUCUGUCGCCGGAUUAUAAAAAUGAUCGCACAUAUAUAUCGGGAGGGCUAGCAGGAAAUUUAGUGCUUACCGUCGGCGGUAAAGCAGGUACAAGCUCGACGUCUACUACUACUGGAAGUGCGGCGGCUACUGCAAGUGGUUGGUUAGGAACUAUUGGUUUAGGCACACAUACUGGGAAGGAUACUGUGUUACACUCCGGAGAGGGCACAAUUAAUACCAUCAAGUGGUCCUUGUCAGGAAGAUAUGUUGCUUGGAGCAAUGAGCAUGGCAUUAAAAUCAUGAGGUCUCACUUGCAAUUGGACAGUGCGGAUACUGAAUCUGCUUGGAGAAGAAUUGGGCACAUAGCUCGUCCAGAUGGGGAGCAAUGGGAAGAUAUGGCCAGUGUUUGGAAAGCUAGGGUCGAAUGGAUAGACGAAAAAACUCUUGAAACUGAUGAGGAUGAUAAAGCUCGCGAAGCAUCAACUGCGUCCCCUGCCACAGCGAAGCUGAGAUUGCAAGCUUCGAGAGAUAAAUUGCGAAUUGAAAAAUUGGUCGUUGGAUGGGGCGGCACAAUUUGGAUGAUUAAUGUGCACCCUGGUGGAACGGGAGUUGGAAAAAAUGUGGGAGAGCGUUCUGUUGGUAGCGCUGAGAUCAUUAAAAUGUUACGGAUGGAUUGCAUUAUUUCUGGAUUAUCGUUAUAUACCCCAACUUUACUUGUUGUGCUUGCUUAUGUUAUGCCUGAUGAAGAAGAUGAGGAAUUUGUUACACCGAAAGGGCACAAAUCCCAGUCGUCAACGGGUAGCGGACCGAGUGGUGGAAUACGGCGUCGACAGAACGCACUAUCGCCAGAACUUCGUCUUAUUGACUUGGGAACAUCCCAAGAGGUGGAUACUGAUGGAUUAACAGUCAGCCGUUACGAGAGACUCUCAGCUGGUGACUACCAUUUAUGCGUGUUGCCCGCCGCUCGAGACGAACCGGUCGUUCAAACAUCUCGCGGAACCCUGGAAGCCCUUACUGGAAUGGGCAGUGGUAUGUGGAAUGCUACAAUUAAUGCUACAUCAUUGCUUAGUUCCAGUGCAAGUGUGAUCAGCAAUGGAAGUACAGGCGAUGGUGAUUCAAAACACACCUCAGUUAGGUCAAGGCUCGCCCAGUACAAUCGUGCUACUGCUGCUCAUCCGCACAUCACCACGCCAGGGAUGAAAAUCUUCAUACAAAGUCCAUAUGACUGUAUUUUGGCAACGAAACGAGAUCUCUCGGACCAUCUUGCGUGGCUGCUGGAGCACGAAAAGCACCAAGAGGCCUGGGAGUUAAUUGACGAACAUCCUGAAGUGAUUUCAUCCUCUCCCGAGAAGCUCUCUGAAAUUGGGCCAGCAACUCCCGAUCGAACACACUCAAGUAGUGAUGACUUCUAUGAUUACGAAAGCACGACCAUCGAAUCUGCAAGCCGCUUGAUUAACUCAUCCGUGGAAAAAGAGAAGCGCAGAAUUGGUGAACUUUGGAUUCAAUCCUUGAUUGAGAACGAUGACUGGACCACUGCAGGCAGAAUUUGCGGCAAAGUCUUGGGUACAUCGGAUCGUUGGGAACAUUGGGUCUGGGCAUUUGCUGGAAAGAAUAAAUUUGAUGAAAUAACGAACUUUAUACCUACGGCACAAAUCAACCCACCACUGCCAUCGACAAUCUACGAGGUUGUGCUGGGACAUUAUAUUACCCAUAACUUACCACGGGUAAGGGAGUUGCUCGAGCAAUGGUCACCCGACUUAUUUGACAUCAAAGCUGUAGCCACAGCUUUAGAAAACCAGCUCAAAUACCGGGACGUCCGCCAAGACAGUGUAGAAGAUGGUGAAAUUGGUAGGGAUUGGCGGAUCGUCAUGGAAUGCUUAGGGAAGCUUUAUGUAGCUGAUGGGCGGCCUCGCGAGGCUUUGAAAUGUUACAUCAAGCUCCAGGAUGCCGAUUCUGCUAUGGUUCUUAUUAAACAAUAUCGUUUAGUGGACGCAAUUGCAGAUGAUAUCCCUGCCCUCAUCAUGCUACGCGUUUCGAAGGACCAAAAGCGACAUGCUUCUAUCUCGGAACUAAAAGAAGCUACGUCUGAAGCUAUACAGUUACUUGUUGAUGAGGCACAUCAUGGUCUCGUUCGACCCCAAAUUGUCGUGGAUCAGCUAGAAGAAAUGCCGUUGUAUCUCUUCUUCUAUGUUAGCUCGCUCUGGAAAGGUGAUGGCAUAGAUGAACUUCCAAGCGAGAACCGCGAUCGAUUAUUAGCAGAGAGUAGAUCGCUCGUUGACGGUCUUGCUGAUUUAGCUGCAACACUUGAAUGUGAAAACCACUCAUUUAUCCCUGAGCUUGUGUAUCUCUACUCCAAGACUGGACAAACAAAACGCGCUCUCUAUCUCAUCAUUGAUCGUUUGGCGGAUGUUUCACAAGCUAUAUCAUUUGCCAAAUCUCAGAAUGAUGCAGACCUCUGGGAUGACCUUCUUGAAUACUCUAUGGAUAAACCUAGAUUUAUUCGUGGGCUAUUGGAAGAAGUUGGGACAGCAAUUGAUCCAAUCCGUCUAGUUCGGAAAAUUCCCGAAGGUUUGGAGAUCGAGGGCCUGAGAGAAGGUCUCAGUAGAAUGAUUAAAGAAUAUGAAAUCCAAGAAAGCAUAAGUCAAGGAGUAGCAAGAGUACUACGAGGAGAAGUUGCAAUGGCGCAAAACACUCUCCGAGCCGGUCAACGUCGUGGCGUCAAAUUCGAUGUCACCCAACAAGAAAUCGAAGUAGACAGUGAAACUCAACGUCCAGAGAGACAAUCCCACAAACACAAACCAGUACACUGCAUAAGUUGCAAGAACGCCUUCGUCGAAGGCGAAAUAGAGACCCUAGUCGGCUUUGCAUGCGGUCACGUAUGGCACCUAUCUCACCUCCUAAACUACGGCAAAAACGAAGACCAGAUUCGUCAAUCGGCUGAUGCGGAGAGACAUCCUACGUAUGAUGGAUUUGACGAUGGUGGGGACGACGAGCGCAGAUAUACGAAUGUGCAUAGUAUUGGGACGAAAGUGACGCGGGCGAGGUUAUUGAAGGAUAGGAUUAGAGGUGGCUGUCCGGUUUGUAAGGAAAAGGGUCAUGAUGUUUAUGCUUGA